GAGAAGGGGGGGAGAGGAGAGAAGGAGAGAGGCAGAAAGGAGGGAGGGAGGGCGAGAGGAGGGAGAGAGAUUGAGAGAGAGAGAGAGAGAAGCUGGGGUAAAGUAUUUUCGCAAUUUCUGCCUUGAGGAUUUUAUUAGCUUCUCUCCCCAGGCCGCAGCCAAUGAGCGCGCGGGCAAGGGCCCUGCGUGUCUGCGUCAAGACGGCCGUGCUGAGCGAAUGCAGGCGCCUUGCGAGCUGGGAGCGAUUUAAAACGCUUUAGAUUCCCCGGGCCUGGGUGGGGAGAGCGAGCUGGGUGCCCCCUAUAUUCCCCACCCCCGGCAUCCCAUGAGCCGGCCCUCGGCCCCAUGGAGCCGGGCAACUAUGCCACCUUGGACGGAGCCAAGGAUAUGGAAGGCUUGCUGGGAGCGGGCGGUGGGCGGAAUCUAGUCGCCCACUCCCCACUCGCCAGCCACCCAGCGGCGCCUACGCUGAUGUCUGCUGUCAACUAUGCCCCGCUGGAUCUGCCAGGCUCUGCAGAGCCGCCAAAGCAGUGCCACCCAUGCCCCGGGGUGCCCCAGGGGGCGUCCCCAGCUCCAGUGCCUUAUGGCUACUUUGGAGGCGGGUACUACUCCUGCCGAGUGUCCCGGAGCUCGCUGAAACCCUGUGCCCAGGCAGCCACCCUGGCCGCCUACCCCGCGGAGACUCCGGCGGCCGGGGAGGAGUACCCCAGCCGCCCCACUGAGUUUGCCUUCUAUCCGGGCUACCCGGGAACCUACCAGCCUAUGGCCAGUUACCUGGACGUGUCGGUGGUGCAGACCCUGGGUGCUCCCGGGGAGCCUCGCCAUGACUCUCUGCUGCCCGUGGACAGUUACCAGUCCUGGGCCCUCGCCGGUGGCUGGAAUAGCCAGAUGUGCUGCCAGGGAGAGCAGAACCCACCGGGUCCCUUCUGGAAGGCAGCAUUUGCAGACUCAAGCGCACAGCACCCUCCUGAGGGCUGUGCCUUCCGUCGUGGCCGCAAGAAGCGUAUUCCUUACAGCAAGGGGCAGUUGCGAGAGCUGGAGCGUGAGUACGCGGCUAACAAGUUUAUCACCAAGGACAAGAGGCGCAAGAUCUCAGUGGCCACCAGCCUCUCGGAGCGCCAGAUUACCAUCUGGUUUCAGAACCGCCGGGUCAAAGAGAAGAAGGUUCUUGCCAAGGUCAAGAACAGCGCUACACCUUGAGAGAUCUCCCCAUCUGGGUGGGGGAAGGGGAAGCAGAGGUAUCCUGGGGGAAUCCAGGAGCCUGCCAGGACCAGGCGGGAACCAAGGACUCUGCUGAGGGACCCCCAGAGAUGACACCCUUCCCAGGCCACCAGCUCCUGGACUGUCCCUCGGGCCGCCUGGGUACCCCGUAUCCGCGCGGAGCGGAAAGCCCACUCCGCCAGGGUUCCCAAAGAACUUGUCCCAGUCACAUUCCACAGUGGCGAUGAUCUGAUAACCAGUACUAGCUGCCGUGAUAAUUAGUCUCAUAUUUUCUAUCUAGAGCUCUGUAGAGCACCUUAGAAACCGCUUUCAUGAAUUGAGCUGAUUAUGAAUAAACUUGGAAGGAGAUCCCUUUGCAGGG